AUGGUUGAUGAAGAUAAUGCACCACAAGUUUAUUUACUUGGGAAAACAUCCUUAGUUGCUAGUAGUCGAAAUCAGUUUUAUAUACGAAAUGAUCCAGUAUUGCAAAUUGCUUGUGGCGACCAACACACAAUUAUUGUGACACAAAGUGGUCGUGCAUUUGCAUUUGGCGAUAAUAGUUCUGGACAACUUGGUUUGGGACACAAUGAUAAAGUUGACAAAGUAUCGUGUAUUAAAAGCUUGAAGUUUAAUGAUGAUCGUGAAAAAGUAUGUUUAGCAGCAUGUGGUCGCGAGCAUUCGAUUGUGACAACAACCAAAGGUUCCCUGUACAGUUUUGGUUCGAAUUCUAUUGAUCAGCUGGGAAUUGAUACUAAUAAAUAUAAAGGAGAAUCAACAGAAUCAAAAUCAUCAUUGUAUUCAAAGCCAACAAAACUUGACAGUUUACCAGCAAAUAUUAUGUGGAAACGCUUGGCAGCGGGAGCGGAACACAGUUGUGCACUAACAAAACAAGGCACAGUUUAUGUAUGGGGAUCGAAUUCAGACGGACAGUGUGGAUUUCCUAAGCAACAAGAAACAAUUAAAUUACCAAAAGAACUGAAACUACAAUAUCGUGUAAAAGAAAUUGCAUGCGGUUAUUAUCAUACAGCACUUGCUAGUGAUGAUGGAUCGUUGUAUACAUUUGGAAAUAAUAGUGAUCAACAAUUAGGACGUUCUUCGUCAGAAAAACAAACUGGACCUAUCCAUGUUCCAUUACCAAAUCCUGUCAAGUCUGUCGCAUGUGGAAACCAGCAUACAGCUGUUCUAACAGAUAAUGGCCAUAUUUUAGUAGUCGGUAAUGGUGAACGAGGUCAACUAGGAUUAGGACGAUCUUUGUCGUCAACGGAACGUUUUGAACCAGUUAAUGAGUUUAAAGGAAAAAAAGUAAUAGCUAUCGAUUGCGGUGAAUCUCAUACAGCGGCCAUUGUAGGAAAAGGAGAUUUAUACACGUUUGGCGAUGGAAGUCAUGGAAAAUUGGGCGUCAAAGAUGGAAAGGUAGAAAGUGAAUUUUUACCACGCCUUGUUGAUAAAUUUCGACAUUUAACUGUUCUAAAUGUAUCGUGUGGUGGUUGUCAUACGAUAUUGCUUGCUCAAGAAAAGUCCACAAGCAACAAAAAUGCAUCAGAUUCGGAUGAUGACAUUAAAGAUACGACAUUAAGUGAAACUCAUGUGAAAUCUCUUUCAAAUAAUUUAUCGAAAACAAUAACGUCUUCUCAAUCGCAUCGCUAUCCUCCGCGUCAUAAUCCCACAAUGCGUACUGAGCCCACAUCAGAUGACGAGAACGAAUCGAAUGAAGAAUUUUCAUCUUCUAUGAAAAGUGCUACAUUCAAUCAAACACGCACGCUAACAAAUGGCAAACUAAAACCUAAAGAAAGUUUAACACAUAAUCGACCAUUAGACACUCGCGAUGAAUUUACUCGAACUGGUACAUUGGAUCGUACAACAAAAUUACAAAAGCUGACCACAGCUGAUAAUGAUGCAACAUCAGAUAGAGAUUUGAGAAAAACAACGUUACAAUCUCUUAGUACACAAGCUCGGAACAAUAGCAGUCGAUUAGUGCCUUUUGAUCAAAAUAAUAACAGAUCACUGCUAACUGAGCAUGAUCGACGUGAUCUAAGAUUAAACGCUAAAAGUUAUGAUGAUGAUGAUGAUGAUGAAAAUAAAUUAAGAAGUCAGACAUAUGCAAAAAAAAAUCGAUUUGAUGAACCACCAAUUAAAAACUCGCAUACUGCUUACGAUACAUUUGAUAAUGAACAAAAGCCUCAGUCAGAUCGUUCAAGACGUUUAGCACCGCUCAGGAUUGUAAAUAAUGAACGGGAUUCGUCACCAAAACGCACGCACAGUUCAGAUAUAACAGUAAGAAGAACGCCCAUAAAAAAUAUGGAAGAAGAUAGCGAAAAUUCAGAAAAUGAAAAUUAUACCUCACGAAACAAUAAUAGAGAAUCUCUCAGAAACAGCAAUGCACCCAAACUCUCAGCACACAUUUCCUCAACAACGAAAAAUAAUAAAGGGUCACCUGAUAUGCGUAGUAAUCGAAAAUCCAGCAUAAAGCAAAGCGAUGACAGUGAUGACAAACCAUUAUCAUCGAGUAAAAAAACGUCCACUUCAGCGAUUAAUCAACAACUGAGACCAAAUACACGUGUAAACUCUACCACUCAGAACAGUCCUUUAGUACGAAAAGCAAAUACAACACGUCAAACUCAACAACUAGCUUCGAAUGAUGAAGAUGAUGGUAGUAGCGAUGGUGAUUACCGAGAAACUAAUCGAAAUCAAAUUCAUAAUCAUCAGACCGUGCGUCGAGGAUCAUUGCCAAAUGAUUCGCGGAGUGCACCAUACACGGGUUCAUUGCAUCGAGAUGAAAAUCAAACAAUAAGUUCGAGACCGCCUGCCAGUAAUCCAUCAAGAACUAGUUUUAAACGUACUGGGCAAACAUCAUCAAACGAAACACUUGUUACGUCAUCGACGAAAACGAAUUCAAAAACAAGUGAACCAACAUCACAACAAGCAGGAUUUUUCUCACGUUUAUUUCAUCGGACCGGCUCGACAACAAGCACAAAGCCGUCCACACCCACUAGCUCUAUGCAGACUUCAACAACUCAAAAAGCAGUCAAAUCAGAUACAACAAUCACGCAAUCUCAUUCAAAUACUACAUCUAAAACAUGUGUUGUCAUGUAA